AUACAUACGCAACGCAACGGAUACGGUAAAAAUCGUGAAGGCAAUGCGCCCCUGGCGGCCAGCUAGGUAAAUAAUCCUUGCGGAAAUAAUUAUCGCGAUUUAUGUUAUUUGCAAAUGUGAGAAGAAUCAUUAAUGAGGGUAUGUCAAGUAGCGGCGAUUAGGAUGAUAUACGGACCCUGUAGCGUUCCCGGUUACACUUCAAGUGAGUGAAAAUCGUGCUUGGUGCGGGACGUCUUCAUCCCGAAAAUAACAAUGGCCGGAGGAUUCAAAUAUGCAUGGACUUUUAAACUGCCAAGCUUGCUACCCUGGCAACCUACACGCAUUUUCCUGAUCCCUUUUUAUUACAUGUGUCAAUUAGCAUCGAAUGGACUUGGCAGAAACUAUGAAAAAUAUAGUUGCCAAAGGUAUGCAAACCGAAAUGGGACCACCAGGCGGAGGUUCUGGUUACCCUGGUACACCUAGUAGUGCUGGCUAUGUUACGGAAAAGAUGUAUAUGCUAUUACAAGCAUAUCUUCAGAAUAAAGGUUGGAAUCCAAGCAUUGAACUUCUUCAAUGUUUUUCUGAAUUCAAGGAUGCAUCUAUGAUACCAAGUGGUGCUUAUUUGCAGAUGAUGGCAUCAAGAAUAGCUUUGGACUCUCAGGGUAGGCUAGUCCUUAGAGAAAAUGGAAAGAUAAUAUUACCUUACGAACAUUUUGCAAAUGCUGUGAUGUUAAAGCACAUGAAUGGCCCACAUGGUUUACAUUUGGGUUUAGAAGGUACAGUUAGAGCUGUUAUGGAAUCAUACACUAUUGGACGAGAAUGUUUUGGUAUGGAAAAAGAUUUUAUAAUAGAAGUGGUACAAAAUUGUCCAAAUCCUGCGUGUCGUUAUUAUAAAAAUCAAUUGGAACUAACACAAAAAAUGGGACAUAUGCCACCAACAUAUAUACAAGACAAUGAAACAACUGCUUCUCUUUUACGUAGUAGUUUUCCACAUAAUACAGAUUUUCAAGCAACCUUAAGCGGUGCUAAUCCAAAUACUCAUAUAGGAGCAGGAUCUACUACAGACUUGUCAGAAAUUAGAGGUGCUGGAAAUCAAAUAAAUCUUCAACGUCCUCCAAGCCGUCCAUCAUUAAAUAUUCCACAUCGACCUGUAUCGCAAGAAAAAAAAGUUACUACUGGAAAACAGCAUUAUGAAUCUUUAGUACCUACUAUUUCAAUGACAGAUCAUAAGUUAACAGAUUUCUUAAGAACAAAUUUGGAUAAUUUGGACAAUCUCAGUCCUUUUGGUUUAGGUAACUUACAAGGAAUAGGAAAUGCAAAUAAGGAUUUAUUAGCUUUACAUAAUGGAGCUUGGCCUUUGGAAAAUGAGAAAGGUUCUCGGUCAUCUACAAAUUCAGAAGGUGGACAAGAGAAAAUAGUUAGAGCUUUUGCUGAGGUAAUGAAAAAUAUGGCACGAAUGAAGGCUUGCGUACGUCCUGCGAUGUGUAAACCUUAUGGAAAGCAAUCAGAAGCUUUGCAAAAAACACUAGUUGAUACCAUACAGUUGGUGCAAUCAUUACGAAGUUUUCUGCCACCUCCACAAAUUCCUGUUUCAAGCUGGAAAAGUGAAGAUAAACAUCGAUUAGAUCAUACGGGUACCACUUAUCUCCCCUCAUUAAAGGCUGGAGGUUUAGAAGAGUUGUGCGAACAACGCAAGCUAGACUAAACAAUGUCUUCGCUUUUUAAGUGUCAGACCAGGUUCUAUCUUUGCGCUUUAUGAUGUCCUAGUCAUGUGGUGUUUAUGGGUUACGUGGGUGUUUUAUAUUUAAAUCACCCGAAGGAUUGCUCAAAUGUUGUUGGCGUUUAGGACCUCAAAAUACUAAGAGAAAAAAUGAGUCAUGCGUGGACUGUGAUAAACGUGGGUAGUGAACAAAAUUAUAUAUAGUCAAUCGAAACUCAUACCAUUAUCUCUGAUACAAAACAGUUUUAUUUUGUUGCAAUUAUUUUUCUCAUGAAUCUCUGCAAUCUGCCUAUGGAGCUUGGUUAGUAAUAAUGGUCUGGUAAUUUUGAAUUAUCGGCCUUAUAUUAAAUAAUUUACAAAUUAAAUGUGCUAUUAAACAGCAUUUAUAUUCUGUUAUUAUACAUUGUUUUAGUAAGUCACCAUUUGUGUUCUAAUGAUUGAUAUAUUGUAAAGAUUAUUUAUAGAUCAUAAACAUUAUUUAUAGCUUAUAGAAGGUGUCUCGUAACAUAACGUACAAUCAAAAAGGAGGGCUAUGUUUGACUGAAUCAAGGGUAUAGAAGGCGCAAUCAACUCGAGUUUUCUAAUGUACAAGUGUUUGUCAUGAAGUAUAUUCUUUCGAUACUAAAACAUUGCUGCAUCUCUCAGCAUAGUAAAGCAAGUGCCACUAUUCGUUUAUCGAGUUUUUGGCUAGGGCAAUGCUCCUAGGUGUCACAAACUGCCGCAAAUUGGUUCGCAUGGUGUGGCCCUUGCGCUGUUUCCCGGUGGCUUUUCUUAUUCUUCUUCUGACUAGUUUUACAACUUUGUAUCCAGGUACCGUGACUGUCUUGGCUAACAGCAUCAAAUGCAGAAAAGCCAAACGUGAGCUAUUAAGUCAUCUGGAUUGAUUCAGCCCUUCCUUGACUGAUGGCUGCCCAUAUCAAAUGCAACGUUUUGAGGUUGCUCAUAAAUCCAAUGACGGUUUGACUUACAAUUAGUGUUCAAAACGCGACCUAAUAGCAGUAGGCAUCGAUAUAAUGAGGAAGCUAAACAUUAUCGUUCCCCUUCUCUUUUGGAUAGUGUAUCAUCAUGCUAUACGUUUAUAAUAAGUUGUAAAGUUCUUCAUAUUAUGCCACAUUGGUUUAUUUGCAUGUGACAAUCGUACAAGGCCCUACUAAGUUAACAGUUGUCUACCUCUGCUGCUGCUAAAAAAGGACUGAAAUUGGAUUAAUAAGUGAUGGUUAUCGCAACAAUCGCAAUUGUCAAUGAAGUUCUUACUUUUCGUCGCUUCUUCCUAAAGCAAAGCAAGUCAAAAUACAGAAAGUUGUCAUUGACAUCAAUAACAGUGUUGCUGAUAGUGAAUCAGAUCUUUUCUUCUUCUACCUUCAGUCUUAUACCUUCAGAUUAUUGAAAAAGAGAGUUAUGAUUUUACAUGAAAAUAAUUAAAAACAUUAACUAUUUUUGUAAGUGGCUUCAUUUUUUAUGAAAUGUAAUUCGAAAUUUUACUAUUUCCUUGCACGGAUUGAUUUCUGUAUCGACGUGCGCACACUCCCAAUUAUUAAUUUUUGAUUUUGUUGAAAACGAAACUACUUACGAAAGCAUUUUAAUCUAUAUCUUCUAUUACGAGAAAUCUUGUACAAAGGAGCUUUAUGCAUGUGCUGAAAGUUUGAAGGUAGUUUAAUGGUUGAAUCUGUUUAUAUUUAAAAUCGUUGGUAAUUACAUGUGGUUGAGGAUUCUUUAACUAA